UUGGCAAAUAGCCCUUAACUUUCUAUUUGGACAUUCUAUGGUGUCUUGUGCCAGGGACACAGCAACAACACGCCCCAUUUUUCUCGGCAAACCUUUGCUGCCCUGCUGUGAAGAAAACAGGAAAACUGAAAUAAUACUGUGUCAGAGAAACUGAAAAGCCUCUCCUGCUAGUUCCUUUCUCUGAGUAUUGUUGCACAGUUGAUUUUAAAGAAGAAAAAAAGGAGGAGAAAAUGGAGAACAAAGUGACUGAGAAGGGAAAAGCCAAGGUCCGAAUUUCUAAAUGUCUCUCAGAGGGUGAAAAAGUAUCUAUUGCAUCAAGAAAAGAAGUGGUGAAGAGGGCACUUGACAAACUUGGGAUUCCCUGUGAUCCGGACAAAGUGCCCAACAUUGUUGUUCUGGGAUCAGGUGGAGCUCUGAGGGCUGCCAUUGCUCUUUAUGGCACGUUAUCAGAGCUAAAGAAAUGUGACCUCUUGGACUGUGUUAUGUACUUGUGUGCGGUGUCAGGUUCUACUUGGUGUCUUUCAAGCCUCAGCAAAGAUAAAGACUGGACAGAAAAAAUAGAAAUUUUGGAAAAACGUGAUUGCAAAAACCUUGCCCAAGGCACAUGGAAAUUUGAGAAGGCAUCUCAAGCUUUGCUGGAGAGUAUAGAAAAUGAAUGUUAUUCUUUGACUGAAAUCUGGUCCUAUUUUCUUGUGCAUAAAAUGCUGAAGCAGUUGGAUGAGACUGGAUUGCCUGCCCAUGCAGCAUCUUGUGAAAAUGGAAAAAAUCCAUAUCCUAUAUUUCCAGCUGUAGACAAGGAGACGUACCUAACACACAAUGAAGCUACUUGGUAUGAAUUUACCCCACAUGAAGUUGGAAUUCCUGGUCUAGGAGCAUAUGUAGACACAAAAUACUUUGGGAGCUUCUUUGAAAAUGGGGAACUGAUCAAAGAGAAGAAGGAGAGAAAUAUCUGCUAUCUCCAAGGUUUAUGGGGAAGUGCUUGUGCAAGCAACGAAGCACUUUUGAAUUUUAUAACAGGUGCUUUGGGGGAUUUUCUGAAGCAAAACCGCUCUGAAGCUUCUUCUUCAGUAAACAUUGAUGAAGAUGAUCAGAAACUCAAUAAACUAUUCAAGGGUUAUCAGUCUAUUCUGGAACUUAAGCUGUCUAAGGGCACUGAAGCAAACAAACAGUUUGACCUUUUAGAGACUAUCCUGGGCGGUUUCAGCAAAAGUUGUGAGUUGCUCAAAAGCAUUCGUCAGACCUGGAUUUCUGCAGCUUCAGAAAGAAAAAAAGAACAAUGCAUAAAUCUGAGUCAAGCUAUGGAUGAAGAUUAUGGGGGAUUUGCAAAGGAUUCCAAUAAAGUUUUAUAUAACGUAAUGAGAAAGACAUUUUUGUGCCUUUUAAAUUGGACAUGGGGAACCACAUACAACUUCUUGUAUCACUGCUCCGAUGUUGAAUUUUCAGAGCUGUCAAGUAAGCAGGUCCUUGAGCUGAUUGAUGCUGGUUUGACCAUAAACACUGCUUAUCCGUCCGCUCUGAGGCCUGAGCGAGAAGUGAAGCUGAUAAUUUCCUUUGAUUACAGUGCUCAAGAUCCUUUUAUGACCAUUAAAUUAGCUUCUGAGUUUUGUAAAGCACAUGGAAUCCCAUUUCCUGAGAUAAAUGAGAGGGAACUGGAAGACACAGAUAAUCCGUCAGAUUGCUACAUCUUCAGAGGGGAACAGGCUCCAACCGUCAUACAUUGCCCACUAUUCAACAACGUGAACUGUCCAGGCAAAAUUGCUGAAUAUAGAGAGGAGUUUUCAACUUUCAAUUUGAGCUACUCAAGUGAGGAGAUUGAAAAGUUGCUCACUGCAGCAAAGAAGAAUGUAGCAAAUGUUCGGGAAAAGAUUCUGGAGGAGAUCAAGCAUAUCAUAGAUACAUCUUCACAGAAGGCUUAAGCAAACAUCUCUGCUCUAAUGCAAAAUGUAUAUCAAAGUUAUUUGAUGUUAACACUCCUAUAUCAUCAUUAUGUAUCUAAUUUAUAACCAUUAGGUUUUAAAGGUUUUGUCCUGGAACAAAAACUAUUAUUUCAUACUAAAUCACAAUGGUAUAUAUCUAUAUUUGCAUUGCCAUUCCUCUAUUAGUAUGCCAACAAAGAGGAAAUUAAUAGACCAAUUAAUUAACAGAUUAAGUUUAAAGUUAGGCCGUUUAUAUAUUGUUUGAUGUGAUUUGUUUUGAUGUAUUGUCGAAGGCUUUCAUGGCCAGAAUUACUGGAUUGCUGUGAGAUUUCUGGGCUGUAUGGUCAUGUUCCAGGGGCAUUCUCGCCUGACUUUUUACCCACAACUAUGGCAGGCAUAUCUGUGGAAUGUCCAGGGUGGGAGAAAGAACUCUUGUCUGUUUGAGGUCAGUGUGAAUGUUGCAAUUAAUCACCUUGAUUAGCAUUAAUGGCCUUGCCAGCUUCAAGGCCUGGCAUCUUCCUGUCUGGGGGAAAUCCUUUGUUGGGAGAUGUUAGCUGGCCCUGAUUGAUUCAUGUCUGGAAUUCCCAUUUUCUGAGUGGUAUUCUUUAUUUACUGUCCUGAUAUUAGAGGUUUUCAAAUAAUGGUAGCCAGAUUUUGUUCAUUUUCAUGGUUUUCUCAUUUCUGCUUAAACUGUAUACAUGCUUGUGGAUUUCAGUGGCUUCUCUGUGUAGUCUGACAUGGUGGUUGUUUGAGUGGUCCAACAUUUCUGUGUUCUCAAAUAAUAUGCUGUGUCCAGGUUGGUGCAUCAAGAGCUCUGCUAUGGCUGACUUCUCUGGUUGAAUUAGUCUGCAGUGCCUUUCAUAUUCGAUGAUUCAUGCUUGGGCAAUGCUGCGUUUGGGCUGUACUGUCUUGUCAUUUUAAACACAUUUAUGUUGCUCAUAAAGAAGAAAAGGCUAUUUUCUGUUAGCAGUGUUCUCAGUAUUCCCAGUAGUUGGGUUGUAUGCCACUUUUACUGUUACUUGGUUGUUCCUUCCUUGUAUAAUUUUGUUACUUUUUUUUUAAAUCUGUACUGAAGCUCAUUUUUUUGCAAGACUUGAUAGAGGCAUCUUUUGAUUUUAUACAGAGAACCAUUAUUGUACCUCUGUUGAAACUUUCUACCUACAUAAACUGAUAACUAUAACAUCUCA